AUGCCUCUAUCAACAACCCAGGGCGACAAGCCUGAGGUCGGCGGAGAAGCAAUACCUAAUCUUGAGCCUGAAAAGGACAGACAAAGUGUCAAGCUUAGACAUGAAUCCUCGAGGACAUCAUCGACUCUCGUGACGGAUACAGAGAAACAGAAGAAGGAAGGAGCUGGCGAAGACGGUGGUCAGCCCAUUGAUGAAGAAGUUGUGGUUCAGGAUGUCGGAACCUACCCAUCUGGGAUUAAGCUGGCAUUCAUCAUGGUUGCGCUCGUUCUCAGUGUUUUUCUCUUUUCUCUGGAUCAGACCAUCGUGGCAACUGCAAUUCCAAAGAUCACCGACGAAUUUAACAGCAUCGACGAUAUUUCGUGGUAUGGUUCGGCGUUCUUCAUGACACUGGGAGGUUUCCAGUCGAUGUGGGGCAAAGUGUACAAAUAUUUCUCCCUUAAAAUCAGCUUUAUGGUGGCCAUCUUCAUCUUCGAGCUGGGAAGCUUGAUCUGUGCCGUUGCUCGAAACUCACCGACCCUCAUUGUGGGACGUGCUAUCGCUGGCCUCGGCGGCGCGGGUGUUGGGUCCGGAGCCUACACAAUUGUCGCCUUUGCUGCUGAGCCCAAGAAGAGAGCCUCGAUGACCGGGGUGAUAGGCAUGUCGUAUGGCCUUGCCGCGAUCACUGGACCACUUAUCGGCGGGGUGUUUGCGGAUAGAGUCUCUUGGAGGUGGUGUUUCUAUAUCAACCUCCCAAUCGGUGGUCUGGCCGCUGCCAUAAUCAUCCUCUUCUUUCGCACUCCCCCAGCUGCUAAGGCUGUCGAGGCUACACUCCGAGACAAACUUCUGCAAAUGGACCCCAUCGGCACCACGCUCAUCAUGGGUGCCGUUUGCUCUUUGAUUUUGGGUCUUCAAUACGGUGGCGUAACGUAUCCGUGGAAUUCCAGCACCGUCAUUGGCUUGUUCGUCGGUUGUGGUUGCAUGUUCAUUGUAUUUGGAAUUAUCGAAUCGGUGCAAGGCGAACGCGCCAUGCUAACGCCACGAUUGAUGCGUCAGAGGAGUGUCUGGGUCAGCGGCGUAUACGGUGCCUUCUUCGCCGGCUCGUAUUUUGUCCCGUUAUAUUACCUGCCGAUUUAUUUUCAAAGCAUUGACGGCGCAAGUCCGAUUAAUUCAGGUGUGCGCAACUUGCCACUAAUCAUCGCCUUCACCAUUGCCACAGUUGCUUCCGGCGCCAGCAUCUCGAAGACAGGUAUUGCAACACCGCUCUUGCCAGUCGGCUCUGCGAUCGCGACGAUCGCCGCCGGUCUGCUCUAUACUCUCGAUAUUGGGACCGGAACAGGAAAAUGGAUUGGGUAUCAGAUCCUUGCUGGCUUUGGAUAUGGCAUUUCGUUCCAAGUUCCCAUCAUAGUGUGCCAGGGUACUGGUGAUCCGAGUGAUUUGGCUUCCAUGACAGCCAUCAUUCUAUUCUUUCAAACCAUCGGUGGAGCAGCACUCAUCGGCGCCGCUCAAUCCGGUUUCGUCAACCAGCUCUUGCGCAGGCUUCCCAGCACCGCACCAACCGUCAAUCCCAACCUCGUUGUAGCCGCUGGCGCCACGGAGCUCCGCAAUGUGUUUUCGGCGGAUGAGCUAAGCGGUAUACUAGUUGCGUAUAUGGCGGGUAUCAAGGUUACCUUUGCGAUUACAAUUGGGGCUGCGGGUAUCUCGUUCCCGAUCAGCUUGCUUAGCAAGUGGGAUAAGAUCAAUCUACAGACAUAA